AUGGCGGACUCGUCACAGGCAGCAAUAUCGCUGUUGACAGAGCAUUUGCAGUAUACACCUCUGUCGCUGAUUGACGACAUCAUCAACUCGGUCAACGAUUUUGUUUACCAGGGAAUAGGCAGCCUGGAAACAGGAUUGUUGUCGACCCCGCCGGAGAAACUCGGCUUCAAGGCCAACCCAAAAAUUGGUGAGAAAGGAACGGCAGAGACCAAGUUUCCCGAGGCAAAGCAAGAGAUCGAAGAGGGCCUGCACAAGCUGGAGACGCUCCUGAACUCGACGGUAGACAAGAAUUUCGACAAGUUUGAGAUUUACGUGUUGAGAAACAUUCUGUCCGUCCCGACAGACUUGGUUCACUGGGUGCGCCUGAGUCAUUACGAGAAUAUCCCAUAUCCUCCUGCUGAGAAUGCGCCCACCGCAGAGAGGGUGCAAUUACUUCGACGGAAAUUGGCAGCGUCGAGGGCGGUCUCCAAAGGCCUUCUGGAAGAACAAAGUCGCAAUGAGGCCAUACUGCAGCAGCUCCGAGGGAUCGCUGGCGGGGCCUCAAAUGAGAUAAACAACCUGUCUUUCCUUACGAGCGGGACCUCAGCGCAGUCAUUACAAGUCACUCAAAAUCCUGAGCAACAAUCAUUAACCACCAACACAACCUUUGCAGUCUCCCAAUUGCCGGCACUCCGAUCCCUGUUGGCUGAACUUCGGCCCAAGUUGGGCGCAUUGAAAGACACGACGAUGGGGGUGGAAACUGGGAGUGCCAAGGACGAACUGAGAGAGGAGCGACGAGGCUAUAUCGAGCAGCGUACACAAUCACAUCUGAGGCGACAUGGACAGAUCUCGGAAGAAAGCGCCACAAUGGUGUCGGGCAAACACGUGGAUCCAGAAGAAAUCCAAGCAUUGGAAAAAAUCGCAUCCAUUUUCCACUCGGUGUGA